AGGUCUGGAAGGGAGGGAGGCGUGGUCCGAAGGCUUGGGGCUGAGGGAGGCAGCGCGGCCUGGUCAGGCCCCUGGUGGCAGUCAUGCGGGGACCCCACCCUCUGAGGGGAGGCUGAGCUGUGGUGGGGCCCUCGGGACCUGCUCCGUGCCCGGUAAACCAUGGAGUCAGACAUCAAAGCACAGGAGCAUUUUAAAAGCCAGUUUAAGGCUCUUCAGGAACAACAGCAAAGAAAGCUGCAGAAUCUAAUGGAGAGGAAAAAGGACAAGCAGAGCAGUCAGAAGGCUAACAAUGGCAAUGCAAAGGAGACUUUCGGCAUCCCGAAUGAUCUAAACCUGUUUGAAACAGAACAACCUGUAACUGAAGAUGACAGCAAAAGGUUGCUUGAAGUUGAGAACGAGCAACUUCAGGAUCAGCUUCGAGAGGUCCGGGAUGAGAACUGCAGGCUGUACAAACUGGUGAAAGAGAAAGAGUUUGAAAUAAAGCAACUCCAGAAAAAAAUGCAGGAGGACAGAUUGGCUUUGUCAGGGACAUCUGGUUUAGCGGGGGACGUUGCCGCUGCUAAAAUCGUUGAACUGGCCAAAAAGAAUCGUGAGAUAACUGCCGAGACUGAGAGCGAAAAAGCCAAAGUGAAGCAACUGAAUAACAAAGUCAAAGAGCUGGAGAGAGAACUACAGACAGCUGUGGAAAAAAUACAUUCUCUUGGUGGUGAUGAUGCAGGAAUCAAGCAGUCAACUCUGAAGAAGAUAGAAGGAAACUUGGCUGAGAGUCCAGAGGUGAAAGCAUUGCAAGAAAAAUUAACCACGGCCAACUUUAAAGUGAUGGAGUACCGUAACCAACUCCAGUCUGCAAAGCAGGAACUGAAGAUGACGCAAAAGCUUUUAGCAAAUGAAGUUGGCGAAGAUGUGAAUAUUCAAAGUCUCUUGACCAAUUCUGGCAGCUGGCGUGGACGAGCCCAGCAAAUUCUUGUUCUCCAAAGCAAGGUUCGAGAGCUGGAGACUCAGCUGGGUCAAACCAAGAGCAGAACAUCACUGAGUGAAAUCGAUGAGGAACUGCUGGCACUGACUGAUCCGAGGAAGCUGUCAGCCCAAGAGAAGAACUUGCUGAAGAUUCGCAGCUUGGAAAAAGAAAAGAAAGAAGCCUUGGAGAAACUCACUGGGGAACACGAGGCUCUCCAAAAAAAUCACGAGGAAGUGAAAAAAAAACUCGACGCAUCAAAAGCCAGGAACAAAGUGCUGUGCGGCGAAGUGAAAACCCUGAAGGGACAGAUUGUAACCCUGCUGGAGAAAGGAAAACACGAUGAUGAGCUCAUAGAUGCCUUACUGAGUCAGCAGAAGCAAAUGCAGGAGAUCUUAAAGCACCUGAGCCAGCAGAAUGAGAAGAACAAGGAGUCCCAGCAGAUGCUAGGGCAGCACUUGAACAACGAGGCUCAGAAGCAAAACUGCCUUAUAGAGCAGCUCAGACAGCUGGUGGCUGAACGAGAGGCAAAAGUUAAAGAGCUGGAAGAGGAGAUUGGGCAACUCACACUCCAGAAGAAAUCUGCCCAUCAAGGGGACGAUCCAGGAGCUGCUGUUGUACCACCCUCGGAGCAAUCAGAAGAUCCACAUUUUACUCUGCUUAAGCCUCUGCCGUCAGGCGGUGAUCAGGCUGGAAGGAUUGAAUCCGCUCGCGCGGUGUCCAAGAUGGGCCAUAUGCUUGUAGAGUCGGCAGCUACUCAACCUCCCCUUCUCAGUAAUAACGUCCCACCUGGAAGGCUUGCUGGCACUGACAGCCUGGAUUUCAAAGUGCUGCAGACGCAGAUCACAGAGCACAAGGCUCUCUGCCAGGCUGCUGAGGUGGAGAGAGACAGGCUCCUGGAACUGGUCACUGUGCUGCAGAAAAGGGUGGAGGAAAGCAGUGAUAAAGUCUUGGAAGUUGAGAAGAGGCUUCAGGAAGAGCGGCGGCGAUGUGUCCUUUUGGAGCAGCAGCUUGAAAAACUACAAAUGGAUCCUGGGAGGAACACAAGUACACAGAAACCUCCUCUGAGGGGCAAAACAGGCCAAUCUAGUCACUCAAGACUCACCUUGAACAUGAGUGAUAGGAAAGAGCUCUCUGCAGCCCAGAUCUCCAGGCUGCCUCUGGAAUCGCAGAUAGAGGAGCUGAGCACAAGGCUUGUGAUCCAGCUGGAUGAGAACGAAGCUCUGAAGGCUGCUUUGGAGACUACUGUGAGAAAGAAAGAGGAAGACUUUAAACUGUACCAGGACACAAUGGACCACGUGAAGGAUAUCUUUCUACAGGCCAUUCGGCAGCAGAAACAAGAGAAGAGUUAAGCAAGAUAUUCAGAGUCCUUUGGACUGCAAAGCAGGGAGAGAGAGAGCCCAGGCAGCGUGCCCACGGAUUGAAAUGCAGUGGAAGCGUAGUUUUGCAGCCUCGGAUCAUGGCAUGUCGUUAGCAUUUGCAGGAGAGGAUGAGAAAUGGAAAUUAAAUCCAAAAAGACUGAAGAUUUUGCAUGUCAGCGAAUUGUGAGUUAGCAGGCAGCUGGCUCGCAGGGUGCACGUGUCAUAGUUCGGUGCACUUUAGGGAGCUGCACUUCUGCGGUGUGAUUUUAGGCAAAACCUCCCUAGCUUCAAACAAAUUUUCCUAGAGAGGGCUCAAUAUUCAUUACGCUGCUGCUUUUAUCAGCGCAUGAAGGAAUUUGCAGCACAAAAGUUAUGCCAGUCCCCUCCUGAAGCCGUGCCAAGAACAAACUGAGUUCUUUGUGUAUCUGCACACUGACACCUGCCCGUCUGGGGUUUUCUGUGGUGCUCAAGUGCUGAGGGAGCGGGUUAGCCUGGCAUAUGGGCAUCUGCAGGAGCAUUUUGUGUGGUCUCUGUUGACAAUCCCAGCUUAUUUCUUUGCUUGAACAUACUGGCAGAGUUUUCUGAAGCUCAGUAGAGUUUCCACUGGAAAGGAAAACUGUGCAGAUUGCUCCCACGAUCAGUAGGACUUACCUUAAAUCCAGCUCCCUGUAACAGCUCACGUGAAACUUGCCACCCAGGCUAUCAAUUCCCAAAUUUCUGGGUCUCUGCAGGCGUGCAUCAGGCAGAUCUUGUUCUCAUUAGGAAGAAAUGCUAGUGGAACACUGGCGGGUUUUUACUACAGUAGAGGAGGGACUUUUGGAGGUGCUGAAGACUCUCGCAUCUUGCCCUUUUCUCUUGCAGCGUGGUGAGAACACCAAACGCAAGCUAAUAAGGCAUUAACAUGCAGGCUGCCAGCAGAGAGCCAGCCUUGGGGAUCGCAAGCAAAUGGAGAGCUAGUCAUUUCUGAAUAGUGCCGCUUUGUUUUUCAGAUGAAAGUCUUUUGAAAGCUCUUCUCUUUCUGCUUUGCUUUUGUCAGCCCCUUUUUGUGAGCGUGAAGUUUGUCGGAUUUCAGCCCCGACCAGCACAGGGUGGAGCUGGGGACGGGAAAGGCGCCGCAGCAUCAGGAUCGGGUUCUGGCUCUGCUUGCACUGAGGUAAAGCAGAGAGAGCGGAGCAGGAGUUACUCCAGACGUGGUCAGAGCAGUGUGCUUCCUGUCUUUCUCCUGCUUAGGUUCGGAGGUGUCUCUUCAAACAGGUCGCAGAGUCCGGAGGCGAUGGAGGUGAGGAGAAGCUCAGCACCUGGCCGUUAACCCUGCCUGUGCUUUAGAGCCCUGCCCCGCUCCCCCAGCGCUGGCUUACAGCCGAGCAGAGCUGUCAGGUGCCUCUCUCGAACAAGCAGGACCAAAACCGCUCGCUGCCAGAUGCCUCCUGCUCACCCUGCCAGGAGCAUCAGAGGAAAAGACAUCCUGCAACCCACAACGCGCUCCUGGCAGCUGGAGGAGCUGUAAUUCCUGAAUCGGGAGACAGACACGGGUCUCAUCCAAGUGAGCUGCCCAGCUCUAUCCUGACGAUGCACAAGGUAGAGUGAGCAGACCAAAGAGAACAGUUCAGCACACCUCUGACAGAUAUUUUCAGAACCUGCAGUAGUGAGCACACCCUAAAAAGUGACCUGAGCUGUGCCAAGACUUGUGGAGGUUUCGCUACGCGGUGGCUGCUACACUCAGGCUGGCAGCGUGCAGCUGGACUCUGAUUUCGCUUGCACAGAAGUGUGAAUCAAUAAUAUUUCCCCGUAAGUACAGGAGAGGAAAGCUGUCGUCCUUCCCAACACGCGGUCAGCAUCCGUCUCCCGUCCUUGUGCUGCAGCAGUGAAGGUCGUACCGCUCUCUAGCAAAAUUCUUCCUGGGGUGGCUCUGAGUCAACCCAGGAAACUCAGAGAGGAGUGGGAGCGCUGUAUGUUACAGAACACAUAUGGCUCGCUAGCACAUGGCGCAAACUUCUUCACAAGUGCUGCAACACUUGUUUCUUUAAACAUAUGCUUGUUUGGGGUUGCACGGAAGCAGUUUCUCCCUUUUUUUUUACUCCCACACGCAACCACAGGGUGCCUUGAAGAAGGAGGAUGGAGUAAGUCACAAAGAAAUGGCUUGUUUAGGGAGCCCAUACCUGUAAGUAACGUUCCUCAUGGAAAUAUGCGAUCUGUCUCUGAGCACAGAGCAGGGGGGAUCGCAGAGCAGUCCAGCCCUUCUCAGUUUUCACCUGAGUUUUGAAAUAAAUUCCCUCUGCACCUCCAACAGAGAGACCUGACUUUGAAUUCUCUCCGUGCUGACUCUUUAAGGAACUGAUUCCCAUUUUUCAAGGUAUGAGAGCAAUUUUCUACCAGUGCGUGUAGUUCUGUCACUGAAGAUAAGAAACCCAGUCGGAUCUUUGAAGCAGCAGCCCUAGUUCAGCUGGCUGCAGCAGCCCCAUAUCUCCCAACCCAUCACCCAGAGACCAAAACCAGUGAGAAUAUUGGUGUCACUGCCUGCAAAAACCCUUACUGCCAGUCCCCAGCCACAGAAUCUCCCCAGCAAGCUUGAUGUGCUGUCUGAGCCACGUUUCUUUUAGAGAUGCAGCUGGACUUGAUCUGAAACCUUCAAAAUCCCCUGCUUUCCUCGGAAGUUUCUCCUAGCGGAUAAGUGCCAGCCUGUGAAACUCCCCUGCCUUCAUUCUCAUUUGAAUUUCUCUGGCUUCAGUUUGCAGCCAGCCGUCACGAUGCCUUUCUCCGCUGGAUAAAAGCGGCGUGAGUAUCCAGCAUCUCCUCUCUGGGACAGCCUUCAUGCAGCGUAAAGUCGUGUCACAGGCCACUUUUUGAUAGAGUUUUUUCAGUCUCGUAGUUAAUGGCAGGGACAAGCUUGUGGUGACAACGCUCCGUGCUGCUGACGCAGGCUGGUGGCUACAGUUAAGCUGCGAAGAACGGCCCAAGUUAAUUUUGCUGCAGGUAUUUGAGGCUGCGGAUGCUCUCCGUUAGGAUUCAGCCAGCUUUUAGCCAGCGUGUGCUAAGAGCACGAAUCCUCCAACCACUUGGGCUGAGCCAAAGGUUGUCUCCUGCCCCGGAGCUGGGCAGAGCACUUCCACGGAGCAGCCAGAAAGUGCCUGACGGAUGCAUCCGCUUUUAAAAGCACAGCUGAGCCGCCGGGAAUAAAGCCCGAUGACCUUUGA